AUGAGCAACAAUAUUCAAUAUCCUAUCAGUAUAUUCCUAAAAUCGUCGGAUUCAGAUGCAGCAGCAGAGUAUUUCCCAGAUUUUGAAAUUUAUAAUCGUAAAAAUAUAAAUCAGAAGGCUGAAAACGAUGAAGAUGCUUUUGAAAUGGUGCUAUUGCCCAAAAAGGAACUCAAAAACGAAAAACUCGUUGAAUUUGAAAACAAAGCUUUAACAAAAUCUCUUAAUUUCAAGCUUAUAUUACCAAAUGACAUGAACUUUGAAACCUGCAAAGAAGUCAUCAAAGAUUUAUUCCCAUAUCUUCAAGAAAAGAAUUUUAAAUUUUUGUCUAAAGGUAGAAAGGUUUCAAGAUAUAGAACAGUCGAUACAAUCACAGGCAAAGUUUUUAUUGUGCUUGAUAAGGAGCCAAUAUCUGAAAAAUCUAUUGCUUUUACCAAUGAUAUCAUAAAACAUAGUUGUAAAUAUGAUUCAUCAGAAGAUCCUUCAAUAGAAGAAGCUUUCAAAGUAGUAUCAGAAAAAUACGGACUUGAAAAACUUCCAAUUAUCUUUAUUUCUGGAAAAGAAAUUCUAGAUUCAAAGAAAAAGUUAUCUGAACUCAAAAGCGAUGAAAUAGAAUUCUAUUUUAAUGCCAUUAAACUGCAAAAAAACCCCGAACCUCAACGAUAUGAAGAAUUAUUAACAGAAUUCAACUUUGUUUUUGAUUCUUUUCAAGGGGAUGCAUUGUACAUGCUUGAGUUUCCACUAAAAAUCGAGAAAACAGCUACUCCAAGCAAAAUUAUAGAAGCAAUUCGAACCAAGUUCAAUUUAAAUCAAAAACUUAAGUUUGUUUUGCGAAAUGAGUCAGAGGACAUAACGCAGAAAGUUAUGAAUUAUCAAAAUAAUGUUAUUCAUAUUUCAUUUACAAAUAUCAGAUUUAGAUACAAAUAUAGUAAUACAUCUAAUUCAGAAAAUGUCGAGAUACCUUGUAACUAUACAUUCCAAGGAUUUCUUAACUUUUAUCAGAUUGAUCCGAACUUUGUGAACAAAAUUGAAUACAAUGGCCAUGUGGUGGAUCAAAAUCAACUCAUUUAUGAGGUCAUUGAAGGCCAAAAUUCUUUGAUUACAAUUUUUAAAAAAUCAGUGACGUUUUUAUCAGCAAAGGGAGAAUCUUAUGAAUUCAAAUUCAUUAAUGACAAAACACUGAGGUUUUAUGUAGAAGAACUGGCCAAACAAUUAAAUGUUACUUAUUAUUCAAUUUUAAUCAAAGAUGAAUGCUGUUUGAAGAAAAUGGCCGAUAUAAACUUCGAAUUACCUAUUAGUUUUUAUAUUGUACCAGAUAAUUAUGAUAAAUUUACAAAAUCUCUUGAAAAUGCUAAAAGCAAACCAGAAUAUGCAACCCUAAAAGAAAUGGAAUUCGAUGAAGAGAUGUCUGCUGUUGUUCUCACGAUUAUUUCCGAACUUAAAAAUGCUGUGGAAUUCCUUUUAAGUCAAAAUAAUAAAGAUGAGCAAGAAAAGCUCAAGAAUCUUCUCCAAUUAUUGAAUAAAGAAUUUCAGAGCUAUAGAAUCUUUACAAAUCCUGAAGAUUACGUUGGAAACAUUUUCAAGCCUGAAGUUAUUAUAUCAGCACAUAAGGAUAUUGUUAAGAACUAUUUGAAAGAUGCGAAAUUUUAA